AGCCGAGCCUCACAGGUCGCAGGGUCAGCCGGAGGUCCAAACCACGCACAGCUACACACCUCAGGACCCGACCCGACGGGCCAGCCCACACAGUCAAGAUGGCAGCGCGGAAGCCGGUCUUCAACCAGCAUGUCCUCUACGACACCACCCCGCUGCCAGACUCGAUCCCCAAGGUCAAGGAGAUCGGCGCCAGCUCCGCCCCGCUGCUGUCGGCUUCCUUCUUCAUCGGCGCGCGAUGCAAGGAUUACAAUGACGACUACAUGCAGUGCAAGACCGAGAACCCCGGCAGGGGCGAGUUCGAGUGCCUGAAGGAGGGUCGCCGGGUUACCAGAUGUGCCCGGAGCGUCCUCGAGGACAUCAACAAGUCUUGCCUCGAGCAGUUCCGCGCCCACUGGCAAUGCCUCGACAACAACAACCAGCAGCUGUGGCAAUGCCGCCCUGCCGAGUGGAAGCUCAACAAGUGUGUCUACGAGAACCUGAAACUCGAGAAAGUCAUCCCCGAUCAACCAAAGCAAUCGACACCCGUGCACCUAAGGCAGAAGCAGAUCUUUGCGCACAAAUGGAUCCAGCGGUGGGAGAAGCCGUUCAUCCCGGGGCAGUCUGAGGCUUCAGAGUCGUCCUGAGAGUGUCUUGGCUGUGUUUACUUCAAAGAUCUUAAACCCCUUCGUCUUGUCGCGAGCCAGAGAGGUCCGCGCGUGAGGGCUGUUGAGCUUGGACUUGUACAUACCCAC